AUGAAGAAAUUGCUAUUACUAUUGCUUGCUACCUUGAGUUUUGCUGAGGUCUGUGUAGUCAGGGUAGGAAUGACAUAUUAUGAAGCAAGAGAUUUAGAAAUACGUCGGUUCAAUUGUUAUAUGAACUUUGAUGGAACCAUUGAAGCACUAACAAGAUGGAUUGAUAUAAUUGAACAUCGAGAAUAAUUGUUAAAUGACUUGGAAGUGUUGGCGAAGAUGAUAAAGAUUAUUGAGAGCGCAAAGUAGGCUACGACAGUGAUCCGUGAUUAUGAGAGAUAUCGUCCAACUUUCAAGGCAUUCCUAUAAAAUGAGUGGACAUCAUGCAGAAUAGAAGAUGCUUAUGAAUAUGUUCAGCGUCUGAAUGCUUAGAGAUCAAAGGAAGAACGAGUUGCAUUGGCUAAUUCGAUUAUAAAUUACUUAAGAAAUGCAGAGAGAUAAAUCUAUGGAUAUGUGGAUUCAUGUCGAAAUGUUAGAUUAACUACUCAUUUGAAAUAGAAGAUUGCAUAAUUGAAGGCUUUGAAAUAGGUUUGUGAAUAGGAACUCAAAAAGCCAUCACCAAGAGAUGUCAUAAUAGAAAGCGAUCAUGACGAUGUGGUAUACUAUUUUGAAGAGCAGGUAAACGAAGAAGUUUACGAUUAUGUUUAUGUUUAUGAAGACGAAAUGGAAGCUGAAUUCCCAGUUGAUGACUCCGAGCCUUAGGUUUACAAGCAUGCCUAAAAUCCAAAGGUGACCAAGAGUACUGUGAUAAAGACCAGAGAAAUAUAUGGGGCUCAAAAAGACACUAGCAAAGUGGUUGAUGCUCAUUCUACCUAUGGACCAAUUGAAUAUAUCAGAAGUGGAGUUGGAGAAGAGUGUGAAUAUUAUGGAGAUACAGUUAACUAGCCAGAGCCAGAUUAUGUGGAUGGAAUGGAGGAAACUGAGGAACAUCCUCCUUAGGUUACUGAUGAUCCAGUGCCAGAGGAAGAAAUUAUUGGAGAUGAACCAGUGCCAGAUGAUGAAAAAAAUACAGAGGAGGAGGCUACAAUUGAAAUCACAGAGGAAACAAUUGAAGAAAUUACAUAAGAGGAGAAAAGUGAUGUUAAACCAAAGAGAAAGGAAAAAAUAAGGAAGGAAGAUAAGCCAAGAAGAAUAAAUUAAUAGGAUGCUGAAGUAAUUACUAAAAAGAAAAAAACUGAGUAGAAAACAGAAAAUAAAUAACAGAAAUAGGAAGAUAAAAAGGAUGAUGUUGAUGAGUAAAAGGAGAAUGGAGAAGAAGACGGAGAAGUGUGUGCACCUUAGUUUGGAAAGAAAACAAAGAAGGUUGUGAAAAAAGUGAAAACAAAUGGGCCUCCUAGUCAAUCUGGUUAGAAGACAAGAAGAGAAGCCAAGUAAGAGAAGAAAAUGGCUAAAAAGUAGCCGUUACCUGCAAUUUGUUAUGGGAAUAAGAAUUACGUUGAAGAAGUUGUGGCUGAAGAAGUAAUUUAAUCUUCGGACAAGGGAGCUAACUAUUUGGCUGUUGAGAACUUACUUAAUGAUGUUGUUAGUGAGGACAAACAUGAGGAUCAAAAUGAGCAUGAUAGAUCAGUCAAAUUGACAUCUGUUAAGGAUGAAUUCAAUGCAAAUGAACCAACACAAUUUUAACCACCUAAACAUAGAGCAAGUAGUGGUAGAGUUCAAGAAAAGAAAGCUAUUGCUGUGAACACUAAGUAUUUCAAUUCAGAAUUUGAUGGAGAACCCACUUAAGUAUUUGAAUUCGGGGAUAGAGCAUUAUUGCAAGAUGCAUCUGAAUAUGGAUAUGGGUAUUGGGUGAGAUUCAGUGAACACUCAAUUAAGUAGCAUGCUCGUGAGGAGGGACAAUUCUAUUUCUUAUCAAGAAUGACCACCAAUGAAGAAUACCAGGACUUUACAUUUUAUGGGGACAGAACAUUAGCACUAUUUUUGUAUGACAAUUCGUUUGUAUUUUCAACCUAUGAUAUUACUACCUAAAGUAAAACUAAGGAUACCAAUGUUGUAUUGAAUGAGAACAUGGACAGCAUUUGGUAUUUUGUGGCAUACACUUACAGCUCCUAAUUAAGAAAGGCAGUUGGAUACAUAGUAAAAUAUGGAUAAGGCGCACCAAAAUACAGAAUAGAAAUCGAUGCCUAACAUGUACCACCUACAUAUGUAAAGUUCAUUUUCGGAGGAAAGCAUAUGGAGUAUCUAGGAUUGAAUGGAUAAUUUGCUAACAUCUUUUACGACGUUGAUGCUCCAGCAUUUAUCGAUGGAGAUGACUCCUUAGAAGAGAUCAUUAAUACUCUGAGCAAUAUGCCUCAAUAGUUGCCCAUCUUGAUAGAGGAAACUAUCAUCAGCAAACCCAUUACUAUCAGUGGAAAUGAGAAGGGGGAGCACUUUCAUUUUGAUCCACAAGAGUCACAAUUAUUAAUUGAAGAAUAUGCAGUCGCCUUUUGGUUUAGGUGGGUCGAUGAUCUUAAAGUAGAUGAACCUAAUGCCUUUUAACUCAUUAAUCUGAGAUCGAACAAAGUGCGUACUUAAGGAAAAGGUGUGCUGGGAGAUAGAGCCUUGGAAGUACAUCAUGUAUACGGAGGUGGCAUUAAGAGCAAUGUAUAUUUUAAUACCUACACAGUCUAUGGAAACAGAGGCAGAGGAUCUGUAAAUCUCUUAAAGAGUGUUGAAAGUGCUGAAUAUCUAUGGACUUACGUGUACUUUGGGUAUAAGGAAGGAAGAGCCUAUGGUGCUUUGAUAAAACCACAAGUAACUGGAGAAGUCAAAUUUGAUGGAGUGUAUCAUAAACAAGUCAACCAUUUGAGUGUUACAGUAGGAGGAGAUGAGACAAUUUCACCAUUCAAUGGAAAGAUAGCCUUUGUUGGUAUUUAUUUGGGCGAAGGAGCCUACAGAGAAGGCCUUGAUUUCCAGAGCACUUUUAAUUAUGGAGAAGGAGUAAUGGCAGUGUAUUAGGUCGGCAAGCCAAUUACUUACAUGGGAGUUGAUUAGAGCAGAUAUGUUGAAUUCGAUCAAGCAGCUAAUGUAGUGGAUAAAAUCAUUAUCCACGAUGAAAAUGGGAUGAAAAUUAAUGGUUAAAGUGAAUAUGCGUUUGGGCUUUGGACUAGAUGGUUGACUACAUUGCCAAAAUACUUGAACAAGAGAGCACCAGUCCAUAACAUAGCUAGAGUGGGUACUUAAGGUUACAUCAUUGAAUCUGAGGACGGCAGAUGGAUCAGAGCCAAUGGAGGGAGACCUCAAACAGUGAAAGACACAACCUUAGCUUGUGUUUUAACUUAAGAAUCAUAUGAAUUUUAGACUCUUAGUCUUAAGGAUGAUAUCCCAUUCACUAAUUUGGAAGGGCAAUGGAAUUAUGUGUAUUUUGGAUAUAAGAGACAGGGCGAUAAUGGGGUUGCCAAAGGUUACAUACAAUUUGGAGUCGAUGGUGAGAUAGAAGAGGUUGCAUUCACUGUCUAUCAUGAUUUCUUAGUGGAGUAUGUUGAGUUCAUUGUUGGAAAGACAUCAGCCCCAUUGUUCAAUGGUGAAUUCGCCAGAGUUACUUUUAGCUUUGGUCCUGGAGCAUUCGUGCCAAAUAAAGAUACGUUGAGACUGUUUACAUAAAAUACAUUACCUGAGAAGGCCUAAAUACAUCCAGUCACCAGAUAGACUUUACAAUUGUUUGGAUCAGCAAUUACAAUAGCUGAAGAUCCUAUUGAAUUUGAGUUUGAUAAGUUUUAGGGUGCUGAAGAAUACUCAGUUUCUGGUUGGGUGAGAUGGGCCGGUCCACUUGUUACUGGUAAGGAAUCCCAUGUGAUUACAUUGGCUUAAAAGAGAUUACUGGAUAUAGACGGAAACAAAGAAGAGACCUUGUAAAUCAUAAGGGGAGACUCUCUUUACAGGUUUAUUACUUACACUAAUAAUGGUAAAUUGGCACCUGCUGAAUAGGAGUUUCAUGAAUAUGCUGAUCAAUGGACCUACUUAUAUUAUGGGUAUUCAAAGUAAUAACUGAAAACAUAUGGUUAUGCAAGAUUCGCAUUCACAGAUGCUGAGUUUACACAAGAAAACAUCUAGCAUUUCUACUUAGCUGUUUUCAGCAUUAUAGUUGGUCAUGGAAGGUAGUCCUAUGUAGAUUUUAUAGGGUAGAUGAAAACCUGGGUGGUGAAUGUAGGAUUUGGAUCAUAUAGAGAGGGCAACUUUGAAGAAGAUGAAAACAUUAAAAUUCAUUUUGGAUUUAUUAGUGGAGCUGAUCACAUCAAAUAGGCAGGAUAGGAGGCUCAUCAUGAGGAGAAGAUCUUGGAAUGUGCAACCAAGGAUGAGGAACCUCCCAUGCAGAUUCAUUUCGAGUAAAGUUCAAAUCUGUAAUUACAUGGAGUUUCAGAGUAUGGAUAUGGAUUUUGGUUGAGAUAUCAAUAUAUUGGAUCUAAAUAAAAGAUUUAUGCAUAGCCUCAGUUAAUGGGAGUUGCCAGAUUAACAAGUAAUAGGGAAUAUAAGGAUUUCGAUAAUCCAGGUGAUAGAGUCUUGUUGGUGCUGAUGGGUAGAAAGGCCUUUUCAUUUGGUACUUAUGAUGUCAUAACUAAAUCAAACAAUGUUGGAGGUGAUCUCGAGUACAGAAGAGAGAGUGAGGGAGAAUGGCAAUACCUUUAUUUCAGUUACAAGAGACACACAUAAUAGGAAGGACAUGCUAUAGCAUUUACAUAAUUUGGAGAUCACACUGAAGGAUUGAAGAUGGAUGUGCUGCAUUCAUUAUUAACUAAUUAUUUAUAUUUCUCUGUUGGGCAUGCUGGUAAAUACUAUGCUAACUUCAAUGGUUAAAUAACCAAGGUCAGAAUUAAUUUGGGUCCAGGAUCUUUCAUUGAGAAUAAGGCUGAUUUGUUAUCUAGAAUUAAGACCAAGGAUACUAUUCCAGAGAUCGAAUAAGUAAGUAAGAACAUUGAAAUUAUAACUGGAAUCCAGGAUGUUAGAAAACUUGAUGAAAAACAUCACUUAACCAAGUUCGACUAAGAAAUUAGAGAGUAUGGGGUGUAAUUGUGGUUUAGAUGGUUCAAGAGCUAAAAGAGUACUUAAUUGAUGUACAGAUUAACAACCAAUGGAGAGGACACUCUUGGAGAUGCUUAGAAGAUAGGUGAUAGGACUCUGGUGAUGUGUCAUACAGAAGGGUUGGAAUUCAGUACUUAUAGUCUGGGUGAUAAGACAGUUCAAUUGAAUAAUGCAUAUCCAGUUUAGAUUGCCAAAUAGAAUUUGGAAGUGUGGACAUUUGCAUAUUUUGCUUAUUCAAAGGAGAGUCAAUAAAUAGUUUAUUACAUCAAUAGUGAAGAGAAUGAGUAACAUGCUUUAGAAUCAGCCUUGCAUGCUGUCUCAUCCAAUUAUUGGUUUUAUUUGGCCAAAGAUGCUCUCUUAAAUUCCUAUGAUAGUCGUUUGGCUCAAGUAGUAUUGAAUUUGGGAAGUGGAGCAUUCAGAAAGGAUAAUUUCAAAGGUUUGAUGGUUUAUCUACAGUCUCCAAAGUUAUUCAAUCCAAAUGCAAAAUUACAAUGGGAUUACGAAGAAGAUGAAUUGAUACUAGAUUCCUAAGAUGCUGAGAAGUAAGGAUUAACAAUUAGAAUUGCUGAACCAAAUCAAAAGAUCGAAAGUAUUUAAGAGUAUUCAGUUGGGUUAUGGUUACGAUUCUUGUAGGCUUGGCCAUCAAGAUUAUGGAACAUACCAAGUGAGAUGUAAAUAUUCAGAUUGACUUCGAAUGAGGAAUUGGAGAAUGGCAAGAUUGCCAUUGGAGAUAGAGUAUUGAGUGCAUACUUGGUGCAUGAUAACUUUUACUUUGGUGCCUAUGAUAUCAAUGAGGAUGCUCCUAAUGAAAUAUCCACGAUCUCAUACUCUUCAUUGGAAGGCAGAUGGCAUUACAUUUAUGCUGGGUAUAAGAGAUCCAUAUAGGAGGCCGUCUAUUAUGUUUAUGAUGGAGAACACAUUCAAAAGGCAAAGAAUGAAUAGUUGUUAUAGAGACCAUUGAAUGAGUGGAUUAAGUUGAUCUUAGGAGGAGAAAAGAAUGUUGCAGGAUUCCAUGGAUUAUUCAGUCAGAUUUCAGCUCAUCUGGGCAAGGAAGCGUAUGUAGAUGAUGAGGAAUAACUCUUGAAAUCAAUAGAAUCUAGUUAUGCUUUGCCAUUGGAAUUAACUGUAGGGUACAUUCAAAAGCAGAAGAAGGGAUAAGUGGAAUUAGAACAAUAUGAGAGUCAAGAACUCACUCAAUUAUAAGGAAUAGGAGAAUAUGCCUUAAGUGGGUGGUUUAAGAUUGCUGAAGUACAAGCUAAAAUUGAAGGGGAGAUCAAUUCACCUUGUUAACUCUUAUUCAGAUUAACCAACAAUGAUGAAGAGCAUCUGUCUGAUAGAAAAUAGUAAGGAGAUCGAACACUGUAUGCUUAAGUGUGUACAAGUGAUACAGUUAAGGUUAGUACUUAUAGUAUUGCGGGCUUGAAGGAUUGGAAUGAAGCCAAGUUUUUGGAGGCAAAGGCAGAAAUGGGAAAUUCUAAAAGAGCCUGGACAUACUUCUACAUGAGUUAUAGCGAAGAUAAGAGGGAGGUUGCAACAUUGAUAAAAUUAUUCGAGAAGGAUGUUCCUAUUGUAUUCAAGGAUGUGCAACACUUUGUGGCCAAUAGGAUGUUUGUUUAUUUGGGUAAGGAUUCUUUUAGCAGAAAGUUCCAAGGGGAAUAACACAAGUGGGAAUUACUAUUUGGAUCUGGAUCUCACACUUAUAAUGAAGAAACCAUGCCAAAUCUGAGAUAUAUCAUUAAGAAUCAAAAAAACAUGUGGUUCACGAAAGAUGACAAGAAAAUUGACACCAAAUUAGAAUAAACUUUUAGCAAAGAAGUCGAAUCUGUAGAUGAAUAUGCUGUUGGUAUGUGGACUAGAUGGUUGAUAGCUUUCCCAACUACUUUGACUGAAAGAUCUGAUACUCAUACCAUAUUCCGUCUCUCAUAGACCUUGGAAUAUUAGGAUAAGGCAGAAUUGGGAAAUAGAGCAUUGUCUGCAUUCCUCAAAAAAGGAUUUUACGAGUUCAGCACUUAUGAUGCAUCUGCUCCAAACAAUGCUGUAGAUGCAAAAGUGAAUUAUGAAAAUGUAGAAGGAGAAUGGAAUUACAUUUAUGCAGGCUAUAAAAAUAAAUAGUUUUAUGGAUUAAUCCUUUUCAGAGAUAGAGAACAUGUUGAGGAAGUCAAGUUAGAUGUGACUCAUCUUGUAUUAACUGGACAUGCCAAUUUGGUUCUGUCAGCGAAUGAAUUUGGUUACAAAGCCUUCCAUGGUUGGAUCUAUGAUCCAAGAGUAUAUCUAGGUGUUGGUGCUUUCAUAAAUGAUGCCAAUUCUGUAGUGGAAAUGGUUCAUAAAUUACAUCGCAAAGUUCCAAUAAGUUCUUAGUCAACUGAAGAUUUCGGAUGGCCAGUCAAAAUGCUUGAUACCACCAAUUGGGAUAAUUUAGAUGAGCAAAAGAGUGAACUGAAAUAUGAGUUUGAUGAUAAAUAGGAAAUGCUUAGUUAUAGUGUUGGCUUUUGGUACCAAAAUGCACCACUGUUGCCAGAAAUGGAAGACGAAUUCAGAGGGCUAUUAAGAUUAACUUCAAACAAUGAGGAAGUCGGGUAGGAUAAUCAAUUCAUUGGAGACAGGACAUUGGCACUCUUUACUAAAGUCAAUGAAUUAGUGGCUGCUACAUACACUAUCAAGGAUCCUUCAUUUGAACCCUUGCAACAUUCAUUUACUGUUAAGCCUUAUCAAUGGACCUUUGUGUAUUAUGGUUAUCAUUAGCAUGAAGUAAGGGCUUACGUUUUACAGCCAGCAGGAAUUCAAGAGCAUACCCAAGAAGCCUCUCACAUGAUUCCAAACAAACUGUACCUACAUUUAGUAAAUGAUAUUGGACAUCCUUCAUUUUGGGUAACAUUUUCUAUAUAUAUCUCUUUAGGGCAAAUUAUAUGGGUUAAAGGUUAAUUUCGGUGACGGUAGCUACUUAGAUAAACCCUAGUAACUCAUCGAUAGAUGGCCUUUUGAUCCAAAUAAGAUAAUAUUAACCAAAUAGGAGACAGGUUCUUAAGAAUGA